AGAUGCUGGGGUGCACAGAUGCAUGCUGCUGCUCUUGAGGUUAGAUGCUGGGGUGCACAGAUGCAUGCUGCCGUCCUCAAGGUUAGAUGCUGGGGUGCACAGAUGCAAGCUGCCGUCCUCGAGGUUAGAUGCUGGGGUGCACAGAUGCAUGCUGCCGUCCUCGAGGUUAGAUGCUGGGGUGCACAGAUGCAAGCUGCCGUCCUCGAGGGUAGAUGCUGGGGUGCACAGAUGCAUGCUGCCAUCCUCGAGGUUAGGUGCUGGGGGGCACAGAUGCGAGCUGCCGUCCUCGAGGUUAGAUGCUGGGGUGCACAGAUGCAUGCUGCCGUCCUCGAGGUUAGAUGCUGGCGUGCACAGAUGUAUGCUGCCGUCCUCGAGGUUAGAUGCUGGGGUGCACAGAUGCAUGCUGCCAUCCUCGAGGUUAGAUGCUGGGGUGCACAGAUGAGAGCUGCCAUCCUCGAGGUUAGAUGCUGGGGUGCACAGAUGAGAGCUGCCGUCCUCGAGGUUAGAUGCUGGGGUGCACAGAUGCAUGCUGCCAUCCUCGAGGUUAGAUGCUGGGGUGCACAGAUGCAUGCUGCCGUCCUCGAGGUUAGAUGCUGGGGUGCACAGAUGCGAUCUGCCAUCCUCGAGGUUAGAUGCUGGGGUGCACAGAUGCGUGCUGCCAUCCUUAGGUGUCUCAUUGCUUCCCAGGAGAAACAGAAACAUACACGAAGAGUCAUGGGCUGUGCAUUUGAGUGAAGGUGCUAUUUGGGAGAACGGAGUAGGUGGCCAAACUGUUCAGAAAGGUACAGGAAAGCCCAUUUAGAGACGAUUGCAUCUGACCUCUAUAGAUGAAGAAGACAAAAGAUGGAUUAAGCUACCAGGAGUGAAACUUCUGUUCUACAGCAAGCGACCCAGAGGAAAAGCAUCCUGGGUGGACGCCAGCAGGGAGGGCCAGGGUUCCGGGCUUGCUCCCGUGCUCCCUGCCAGCCCCACUGUCUUGGCUUUUGUCUUCUUGAUUGGUGUUCCAACUACCAGGUUCAUUUUCAAGGCAGGGAGGUGGGGGUGCUGGGUGUGUUGGUGUCCUGUGACUCCUGUGAUGAAUUCACAAAUGGGGAGGUUCCCAGCAGCAGACGCCUGUUCCCUCACAGUUCUGGACACCCAAGUCAAAGAUCAGUGUCGCUGAACCUGCAUCACCAUGUGGGUAGGACUGUGCUCAUUCUGGAGAAAAAAAAUCCACCCUUCGUUGCUUCAGCCUUUCUUGGCUGACAGCUGCAUCGCUGACAUCUCUGCCAGUUUCUGCAUCUCCCUCUCUUCUGUCUGGGCGUGUGCACGCACGUGCAUGCACGUGUGGUGUGGUAUGUGUGUGUGUGCUUGUGUGUCUUUCUCUCACAAGCAUACUUGUGAUGGCAUUCAGAACCCACCUGAAUAAUCGCCCCACUGUAAGAUCUUUAAAUCCACCAAGAGUUCUUUACUUCCAAAUAGGGUAACGUUUACAGAUUGCAGGGUUUAGGACCUAAUAUUUGGGGGCCCAUUAUCAGCCUGCCACAAAGAGACUUCCAUCAAUUUUAUCCUUUUUAAAAAUCACAUGUUCCCCAAUAACUGCAAGGUGAAAAGGAACAAAAUUGUGUUAGCCAAGCAACGAGGGGUAUCCGAUGCGGUUUCAUAGCGAGAGGUGGGGAAGGAGAACUAAAGGAAUAAGGCUGGAGAGAGAAGGCUUUCCAGA